GGAAGCAUGUUCCACUGUUUGGGAAAACACCAUAAACAACUGUCAGUUUUUCUGUCGACUUGAACGAGUGUCUCCUUUUCCCCCUCCAGACUGUCGCGGCGGAGACACGUCUCAUUUGACGCCGUCUCUUGAGUCGCCCUGCUCCCGUGUCGUUGGAACCUCCGGCACCGACCGCGUCGCCGUGCGUGUGACCCGGAGCAGGACGUCGAGCUCCGGCGUAUGUGUCUCUCUUUGUUUUCUUUAGUUUAAAGAAUCCCCUUGACAGCAGCCGCGGCGCGUUGCGAGAAACCAUGUCCGACUUGCUCCUGCUGCUGCUGAUAGUCGCGCUCCUCGUGUGUCUGCUGCUGACGGUCGGCGGCUUCCUGCUCUUCUCGGGGCUCCUGUCAGACGUGGUCGUGAAGACCGGGCCACCUCCGAUCGGGAACGUCACCAUCGCCUACAAGUUCCAGGAGGGGUCCUACAAGGACUGCGGCGCAGCCUACACGGAGAGCUGCAGCAUCGGGCCGAAGCUGAGCACCAUCGGCGUCUUCUACGAUGACCCCAAACAGAGGCCAUCAGAGAAAUGUCGCUACGCGGUGGGCAGCGUCCUGUGCGAGGGCGAGGAGAAGCCGGAUGAAGAACUACAGAAUUUGUAUGAGAAGUUUGGCUUCAAGGUGUUUUCUCUGCCAGAAGUGAGCCACGCUGUGACCACCAGCUUCCCCUGCGCUACACCCUUGUCCCACGUGCUGGGACCUUACAGGGUCUACCCGAGGCUUGCUUCAUACAUCGAGGAGAGGAAGCUGUGUGCAUUCCCAACCAUUGAGAUCUGCGGUACAGAUGUCAUCAACUAUAUGGUUCCACUGUCCCGCCAGACGGACUUCUUCGUUCCAGAGAUGAAGGAGGAAGUCAAAACAGAUGUGAAAGAGGAGGACUCUGAUGAGGACAGAGGAACUGACAUAACAGGUGCGGAUUCCCACAGUGACGUGAGCUCAGUGAGCGGCGGCGUGCCCUGGGACAGCAGAGAGACCUCCCUGGCUGCCUCCACCGCCGCCUCCCUGGCCUCUUCCCUGCCUCUGAGGGACGUAAUGGAUGCAAACGAAGACAUUAGGCACAGGGACCACAGCGACAGAGACUCAAAUGAGUCGUUGGGCAGCGGCUCGUCCUUUGAAGAGCUUGACAUGGAUCAGGAGCAGCAGGAGGGGCGAGGAGAGAGGGAGGAGAAGGAAGAUGGGGAGGAGAGGGAGUUCCCUGAGGGUGACGAUGGAGCUAGGGAAGCAGUUGAACUCGUGGCUGAAAAGAAGGAGUCCUUGGGGGACGGAGAGGAGUAGGGAGGAUGCCAUGUAACACUGGCAUGCUAGAGAGUUUCUCAGUUGUUGCUGUAGCUGGUUAUCUCUCAUUUAAUCUUGAUGGUGGAUCUAAAGGUGAUCACGCCAGGACCAACAUGCGAUAUUUUCUGUGCCAUCUAAUUCUCUUUUUGAAGCCUGUACAUUCUGUUAUACUGUAAUCAACAAAAGAAAUUCUGAUCUUAUAUUUAAACUGUCCGAAUAGAACAGCAGGGUUCUUGAAAAAUACAAAUUUUUAUCUGCACACAAUGUGCGGCAGAUGAGAACCAAGGUUUGAUUAAAUCUAUAUUUCAUUUCAAAUUUUAAUAUUUUGAACUUGAAAUUUCUGCUCAGAUUAUAAGUGACACACUUCAUCCAAACAUCCACAUCGAAGGAAAGACAUUGGAUCAUCAUACAGUAUCUUUUUUCCCACAGUUGAUAUCGUACCCCACUUUCAAGGUCACGUCUUGAGGAAAUUGACGUCACGUGUUUGUGUGCAUUACCUGACUUUGUUGUUGUGAUAUAUAGUAAUGAUUGGGGUUAAAAAUGUUUUUAAAGAACCUAUUUCAUUGUGUUAAUUUUUCUUUUAUUUCUUUUUUUUUCCUUUUACGGAAAGUUUGUAAAUCGUCAAUCACACGGGGAAUUCUGAAGACUGGGGCAGAGAAAAAUACUUCCGUCAACACCAGUGAGGACACCAGUAAAGAAACACCACCGUAGCCUCCAAGUCGAGUCAAGUAUUUUCCCAUUGGAUACUGUACAGAACAUUUAAGUGUCACGCUCCAAUCAGAUUAAAGAUUUUUUUAUUAUUUUUUAUGGUAAUGUUCCCUUCUGUUGUUGGUUUGUUAAACCACUUCACAGUUCUGUUUGUAACCAAAAUUCGCUCACUUCCAGUGACUAGCUGUGAUAUGUUCGUAGACUGAAGUUGUUGGUGCUGUGAGACAUUAGAAGUAAUGUACAGCAGAUGGCCAUGGUUGUGACUUUGUCUGUAAUAAAAAAAUAACAAAUAAAAAUUCCAGAGGACAGAUA